AUGAAUUAUCUAAUCUAUUUAUCAUUUAGAUUUGAAAGUAUUCUAAUCUUACAAAUGAGAAAACCUAUGGCAAUGAAAUAUACAAUACUUCUUUUAAUAAUAGUUCAAAUGAUAUUUAUGAAGUCACAAGACAUGGAGUCUGAAGAUAAAUCAAAGAGUGAAAGUGCUAAAUCUCGUAAUUUAUACUUAGGUGUAGUGAUCUUGGUUGUAUUUGGUGUUAGUUUAUUGAUCUUGGUUAUUGUCGCAAUUAUUUGCUUUCGUAAACAAAAAACACCAAUCAUUGAUCCAGUAACUGUAAUUGAAGCUAUUUCACACCACACUACUACUACUACUACUACUACUACUACUACUACUACUACUACUACUACUACUACUACUACUACUACUACUACUACUACUACUACUACUACUACUACUACUACUACUACUACUACUACUACUACUACUACUACUACUACUACUACUACUACUACUACUACUACUACUACUACUACUACUACUACUACUACUACUACUACUACUACUACUACUACUACUACUACUACUACUACUACUACUACUACUAAUCGCUAUCCAUCUUUGUCCGUAAUGCUUUGA